UAUAUUUUUUGUUGUUUUACUACGUAGAUUAUUAGUUAACGUUAAAACGCAUUUUAUUAAAAUUAGGCAUCGUGUUUAUGAACGCCCCCGACGCUUGACACUUGAAACACUUCAAAACACUUGAGUUAAUAACUAACCAUUUUGUUUGAAAUUGUUACUUUUACAAGAACUUUUUAAAUAAUUCUUUGUCUCAUAAUCAUUACAAAAUGAGAACGAGUCACGCACAAUAUGUUAUGAUGGUGGAAUUUAUGGAAAAGAAUGGUGAUUUAUCAAAGCCAAGUGGUGGUCCUCGUGGUCGACAUUUUAUACAGCAAAAAUGGAAAGAAUUGGCAGAAAAAUUAAAUAGUGAUGGUAGCGGGGAUCCUCGAACGGAUGAUAAGUGGCGGAAAGCAAGUAUAUUGCUAAUAUUUUCUAAUAUUAGGACGCCUUUUAGUUAAUUAAGUAUUUUUGUUUAUAUUUCUGCAUGCCUACUAUAUAUCAACUGUGUGCUUAUUUCUUUGUAUAUUUAUUCAUCAAGGUUUGGAGUGAUUACAAAAAUAAUGUAAAAAGUAAAUGGGCCAAAAUUAAUAGGGCUGCUCAAGCUACGGGUGGUGGGCCUGCACUUCAAUUAUCAUUAACAGAUUUAGAAAAUCGAAUAAUGCAGAUAAUUGGAGUUCAGGCAGCUACAGGGAUGGCAGUAAAUGAAGCUGGAUUUGGAUUCAAUACUUCAGACACCCAGGUAGAAAGAGAAAAAAGUAGUCUUUUUUCAGAGGAAAAAAAUGAAACAGAAAAGGAAAAAAAUGUGAUAUCUUCGGAUUUAAAGAUCUGUAGCUCGACUGACAAUGAGCAGUUACAAUACACUCCAAUUGAUGUUACAAAUGAAGAUUGGAAUGUUCCUGGGACGAGUCAGCAACCCACGGCGGCUCCUUCUCCAAAACUAUGGAAGCCUCCACCAAAAAAAAAACCAAAAAUGGACAAGACUGCAUUGUUAGUGAAAAUGUUACGUGAGAAUGAGGCGAAAGCAAGAGAAUCUGAGAAUGAACGAGUUAGUUUAGUGUUAGAGCUUGAGAGAGAAAGAAUACGACAGCGUGAUGUAGAGCUUCCGUUGCAAGGUCAAUUGUUGGAGGUAAUGAAAGAGAUUUUAAAAGUGUUGAAUAAAUUUGUGGAUGACAGAAAUAAAUGA